AUGUCCGUUCCAAUUGUGCCCAUUGAUUUCUCGGAGGUUCCAGCGUUGGAACAGUUGAAGAAGGAGUUUGUGGAGGCAUAUGGUGCUGAUGAGUCGAGAAGCAUUUUCAUUUCGAGGUCGCCAGGUAGAGUGAACUUGAUCGGUGAGCACAUCGAUUACUGCCAGUUUUCUGUGUUGCCUAUGGCCAUCGAGAACGAUUUGAAGUUGGCUUUCCGUUUGAGCGAUGCUAGCGAGAACCCAUCGAUCACCUUGACAAACUACGACUCGAACUUCGCCAAGCGUAAGUUCGACUUGCCCUUGGACGGGUCGCUCAUUGAGAUUGACCCUUCAGUCAGUGACUGGUCCAAUUACUUCAAGUGCGGUCUCUUGGUUGCACAAGAGUUUUUGAAGAAAAAAUACAAGUUCGAGGGCCCUAUCAAGGGUAUGGAAAUUUACGUGAAGGGUAACAUUCCUACCGGUGGUGGUUUGUCCUCCAGUGCAGCCUUCAUCUGCGCUGUGUCGCUUGCCGUCAUUUACUCAAACAUCCCAGAAGGUACGCCUAUCUUGAAGGAUGAGUUGACCAAGAUCACCGCAGUCGCUGAACACCAUGUUGGUGUCAACAACGGUGGUAUGGACCAAGCCGCUUCUAUCUGCGGUAAGGACGGCCAUGCCCUCUACGUCGAGUUCAAGCCUCAAUUGAAGGCUACGCCUUUCAAGUUCCCAGAUGGCUUGCCUAUCUCGUUCUUGAUCGCUAACACUUUGGUCGUGUCCAACAAGGCCGAAACAGGCCCAGUUAACUACAACUUGAGAGUCGUCGAGGUCACGGUUGCUGCCAACGUCUUGGCUCAGAAGUACGGCGUCACUUUGGAAACCGAGGGUAACUUGGGUAAAGGAACGCUAAGAAACUUUAUGGACGCAUACUACAUGAAGUACGACCCAUCGUGCCACAAGCCUUGGGACGGCGAUAUCGAAACCGGUGUCGAGAGAUUGACCAAGAUGAUCGAGUUGGUCGAUGAAACUUUGGACCAAAACGGUUAUACUCUGGACCAAGCGGUCGAACUGUGUGGCUGCGAAUCCAUCUCCCAGUUCACCGACUUGUACUUGACAAACUUCCCAGUUCGUUUCCAAAAAUUAAAGCUAUUCCAACGUGCUAAGCACGUCUACACCGAGGCAUUGAGAGUCCUAAAAGCUUUGAUAAUGUUCCAAAAGGGUGAAUCGAACUUCUUUGAAGAAUUCGGUAAGUUAAUGAACGAAUCACAACAAUCUUGUGACAAACUAUACCAAUGUUCGUGCCCAGAAACUGAUCUCAUCUGCGAUAUCGCUUUGAAGAACGGUUCUUUCGGUUCUCGUUUGACCGGUGCCGGCUGGGGUGGCUGUACAGUCCACUUGUGCUCCACUGACACCGUGGAGUCAGUCAAGAAUGCCUUGAUCAAGAACUACUAUAACGUCAAAUACCCUAAUCUAACGCCAGAGCAAUUGAGCGAAGCUAUUAUCGUUUCCAAACCUCGUGUCGGUAGUGUUCUUUACAAAGAAAAGUCGUGA